UUUCCCAAUGGAUAGGAUAAAACCCACGCACACCCAUCCACUUGGAUUGCGCAUAAUAAUCUCAAAUUCAAACAGACCAAGACCUCGAAGAAGAAAUCAUCAACAAUGGGGUUGAUUUCCUUCCUCUCAACAGUCCCAACUUUGCUUCCAAUAGCUCCAUUACCCUCCUACAGUUCCUCCAGAUGCCCAAUUCAUUCUGGUACCAUUAGUUGUAAAAUUGACGAUGCUGGCAGCCAUGAAUUUAACGUUGUUCGAAGGAGGGACAUUCUUAACUGCUUUGGGGCUGCCAUUAGCAUGGAAUUGGUGGCAAGCUCCAGCCCAAUCUCGAGCCCAUUCAUUGAGGCAGCUAAUGCUGCCGAUUUGAUACAACGAAGACAACGUUCAGACUUUCAAUCAAGUAUAAAGAUGACCCUCUAUAAAGCCAUUAAGGCAAAUCCAGAGCUGAUUUCACCCCUAUUAACAUUAGCACUUAAUGAUUCUAUGACAUAUGAUAAGCCAACAAAAACUGGAGGCCCCAAUGGAUCCAUACGCUUCAGCUCUGAGAUUGAGAGACCAGAAAACAAAGGACUUUCUGCUGCUUUAUCGAUGGUGGAAGAAGCAAAAAAAGAGAUCGAUUCUUACUCUAAAGGUGGACCAAUUUCAUACUCCGAUCUCAUCCAAUUAGCAGCUCAAAGUGCUGUUAAAUCUACAUUUUUGGCAUCGGCCAUUAGAAAAUGUGGUGGUAAUGAAGAAAAGGGGAACUUGUUAUACUCUGCUUACGGAUCAAAUGGACAGUGGGGAUUAUUCGAUAGAAAUUUUGGAAGGUCAGAUGCUCAAGAACCCGACCCUGAGGGAAGAGUACCCAAUUGGGCAACCGCAAGUGUUCAAGAAAUGAAAGACAAAUUCAUAGCCAUUGGUUUAGGUCCUCGACAGCUAGCAGUGAUGUCAGCAUUCUUGGGUCCUGACCAAUUAGCAACGGAAGCUAAAUUAGCAACGGAUCCAGACGUUGUUAAAUGGGUUGAGAAAUAUCAGCGAAGCAGAGAGACAGUCUCAGAGACCGACUAUGAGGUGGAUUUGAUUACGGCUCUUACGAAAAUGAGUGGUUUGGGUCAAAACAUCAAUUAUGAGGCGUAUUCGUAUGCUGUUCCGAAGAUUGAUUUCAAAAAACUUAAGUUGUGAAAAGUUUGAUAUGAAUUAUGGUAUCAUGAAAUGAGCAAUAAAAUCGGUUUUUGUUAUCGGCAUAACAUACAUUGUUGUUUUGUGCAUGUAACACUAUUCUUUAUACUUUUGUACUUUCAUAUUCGUACAUAGAAUUUUAUGAGUUGUAAACUUAUAUUGCCAC